AUGAUCCAAACCAUGCCAAAGACUCAAGGACUUCCAGAGUUUAGCCUAGCGGGGAAGGUAGUGUUGGUGUCGGGUGCUGCUCGAGGACUCGGUCUGACACAAGCCGAAGCAUUGCUGGAAGCUGGCGCACGAGUAUACGCACUUGACAGACUCGAGGAACCCUCAGCAGACUUUGCGCCAAUUGCUGAGAAAGCAAAGAACGAACUCGGAACUUCGCUCGAAUACCGCCAAAUAGACGUGCGAGAUGUCAAGAAGCUCCAUGAGAUUGUUGAGGACAUCGCCAACAAGGAGGGUAGACUUGACGGGCUGAUUGCUGCGGCCGGCAUCCAACAAGAGACGACUGCAUUGGAAUACACUGCUGAGGAUGCAAACCGCAUGUUCGAAGUCAACAUCACGGGAGUCAUGAUGACUGCGCAAGCGGCUGCGAAGCAAAUGAUCAAGUUUGGAAGUGGCGGAAGUAUCGUGCUCAUCGCGAGCAUGUCUGGUACAGUUGCAAAUAGGGGUCUAAUCUGCUCGGCAUACAACGCGUCGAAAGCCGGUGUCAUGCAGCUCGCGCGCAACCUCGCGUCAGAAUGGGGCGAGCAUAAUAUCCGCGUCAACACAAUCUCGCCAGGGUACAUUGUGACUGCAAUGGUGGAGGAGCUCUUCAAGAAAUACCCAGAGCGUAGAGACACGUGGCCGACACAGAACAUGUUGGGUCGUCUGUCAAAGCCUGAGGAAUACCGUGGUGCAGCGGUGUUCUUGCUGAGCGAUGCGACUGGAUACGCGGCAUACCUCAUCUACAACACGGUCCAAAGCCCUGGCCCGGGCGAUGGCCUCCAGCGCAGCAACGCGGUCCGCAGACGGCGCCCGCGAGAACCACCGCCAGCACCUGCCCUCCCAUUGAACGAGCGCGACAUACCCUUUCUGGGCCGAUACGAUUUGCUCGGUACCGAAGUGCCCCUCGACCCUCGUAACCUCGUCACCCCAACAGAGCUGCGCGACAUCAUCCUAAGCGCGCAGCCAGAUGCCCAACAUAUCGUAAUCGAAAAUGCCAUAACAAGCCUAUACAACGAGUUCCUCGACCGACUGCUGGUCAUACUCUACCCCGAUCGAGCCCUGUCCCCAUCACAGGCGGACAGUGUCGCAACUUGGCUGAACGCCCGCAAUCCGAACAUCACGGUACUGGAUCGUGCCCAGAUAGCCCGCGCCGUGGCAAGACAUGCGCAGAUAUUCCCUCCCGGUGACAGCCUUGCUCUCGAUGAUGCUGAGAGUAUCGCAGCUACAGAUUUGUCCUUGGGGAGCGACGAGGACGCGGAUGAUGCCAUUGACCCCGAAGGCCAGACCCUUCAGCGCACCUUGUACCACAUUGCAGAGGACCGCGCGAGGCUCGAGGGCGUUAUACAUCGUGGCAUUACGUGCAACGGGUGCGACGAGAAGCCUAUCCGAGGCACCAGGUGGCACUGCGCCAACUGUCCAGACUUUGACCUGUGCUCCAACUGCGAAGCAACCAAUUCGCAUUACAAAAACCACAUCUUUUACAAGAUUCGCGUGCCUGCGCCAUACCUGAGUCUCCCAAAGCAAGAGCCCCUCUAUCCUGGCAAGCCUCACAUGAUGAGCCCCUCGAUCGAUCCAGCACUCAAGAGACGCCUCGUAGCCGAAACCAAGAUGGAAGCAGAGGAGAUUGAGGCCUUGUGGGACCAGUUUACUUGUCUCGCAGGGGCCGAGUGGGCAGCUGAUGCCAAUGGGGUAGGAUGGGCCAUCGAUCGACGCGACUUUAAUCACGCAUUCGUGCCUCGCUACAAUGGCUUCGUCGCCGCACCGAACCUCGUCUACGACCGUAUCUUCGCAUACUAUGAUACGGAUAAGAAUGGGCUCAUCGGGUUCGAUGAGUGGGUCAAAGGGCUCGACGGCAUGCACGACACUGAUGCCCAUGUCAAGGCCAGAAUAGUCUUCAAUGGAUACGACAUCGACGGAGAUGGCUAUAUAUCGCGCAGGGACAUCCUGCGCAUAUUCAGAGCAUACUAUGCAAUCGAGAAGGAAGCUACAAGAAACUACAUCUCGGAGCUGUCAGACGAAGUCACUGUGCGGUCAGCUUUGGACACGAUUCGCUCUAGCCAGCCCCUGGGCUCCGCAUUUCCGCCCCGCAGUAUGGCUGCAUCGAACACGAACAAUCCCCGCCUACGGCAGAAGAGAGAAGAAGAUGUGACUACAACUCUCCCGCUGCUUGAGCAGAACAGCGACGAGGCUGAUCGGGCUGAGAUAAUAUGGACAACAGGUCUUCACCAUACCGAACCCACGUAUUCUCCGCGGACGCCGAACGAACAACAAAACGACAUCAUCACCCAGAGAUGGGCCCGCAGACAAUAUUACAUUGACGAAGAAGAGGGCCUAACACGGCCUGAAGGUUUCGAGGAAUCAGACGCUGACGAGUUGGAGACCGUCAAUAGGGCGAACGACAACGCUGAAAACGCAUACAUGAAUGAGAAUUGGACCCGCAACAGGAGCUCACGGUCAUCCUCAAGGGUCCGCUUUCAGGACGACGGGGACAUAGACACGCGCUCCAAUGCCUCUUCGUCCAGGCCCGUCGGAGAGCGAUGGGGUGGUUACGAAAUUCCUGAGCCUGAACAAGACCUUGGCAAAGAGGUACUAUAUCAGGUCACACAACAGGGGUUCAACGAACUACUCAACCCGCUUUUCCUAGAGAAAGAGGACAUGGCCAUGGACGCACAUGAGAAGCGCAACGAGCGACGAGCCAGAGCAGCCUCAAUCGACGCGCUGACCAUGCACCACUUCACGGACGGUAAGGCUGCUGUUGAAGCUAUUGUACAGGUUGGCGUUUUUCGAUUCUCGAAAUGCAUCAUCGACAGAUUCUGCAGGACACUCAAUAACGGACGACCACAUGUCAGAAACUUGUUCAUCAGUCAUAAUAACGGUAAACCAUAUACCGAGCGAGAGGCAUGCGCAAUACUCCAAGAGAUCUACGAUGAUGUUGAAGCGAGGGUACUUGAAACCGUGAAGAUAUCCAGAAAUACUAACGUCGACAACAUGACAAUGUGGAACACGUUGUUGAUCAAGUCCCAGCUUCGAGAAGAAGUCCUUAAUGCUAUCGUGGAAUGUGUACACAGUAAAGGAUGGCUGGCACCACCUGCAUUGAAUGGAAGUCCGGCUGGUACUUACAGGGAUCCCACUAUGCCCCAAUUCCGGCCAGACUCAUCCGAUGAACCGCCACCGACAGCCUUGCGGACUGUCUCGGAUAGCUCCUCAAAGACCAGUGUAGCCUCCGAUACUGAUACAUCCUCGCUACCCUCAGACGAAGGGACGGAUCUAAAUCGUUGUUUUUUUGCGGCCGCAGGUCACGACGGCCUAGAAGACUACUCAGAGCGAAGAUAUGCCGGCGAAAGCGAUUCUCCGGCUCAUGACACUACUGAUACUUUCGGAGAAGCUCCACAACUCAGCUCUUCGACAGCACAGCAAGGAGCAGAAGAUGGCCUGUAUGCGAUCAACUGGCGAUGGUAUACCGACAACCCCGAAAUCCACUGUCUCCUCAUUCAAAACAUUGAAGGUGUGGACACUAUCAUAUGUGCGCGCAACCAGAUCAAUCAUUCCACAAACCCACAUUAUACUGAGACGAAUCAACUUAAGCCGUUGCAACGCUCAAUACGUCAGCUUGCUAUGGACCCAAGAUCACGCCUUCACCUUAUCAUGCUAGCCAGUCUUGAGGCUGUCGAGCAGGAGAUCAACGAACGAAAAGGAAGCGGUCUCAUCAACUUUGAGGAGUUUGCGGAGCACAUGAGGCAGGGCAGGCUGGGAUUUCUUCAGGCUUGGAUGGAAUGGUUCUUUCAAUUGCUCAGUCUACCCUCGCGUAUUCACAAUACUCCGCCUCGCGACCUGACCAUGCUGAUAUGGACCUGA